GGGACAGCCCCGGCGGGGCGGGGCGGGGCGGGCAGCGAAGGGCAGGAAGAUGGCGGCCUCCCUGUGGCUGAGCGGCGGCGGCGGCGGGGGGGUGGCGCGGCUGCUGCUGCGCGGGCGGGCGGCCCUGGGCGCUGGCGCCUCUCGCCCCGCUCGGGCGGCCUGGAGGCUCCUGCACGGGACCCACGAGCUGCGCGGUACGCCUGCUAUUAAAGUUCUCAUGCCUGCACUUUCUCCUACAAUGGAAGAAGGAAACAUUGUGAAAUGGUUAAAAAAGGAAGGUGAAACAGUGAAUGCUGGAGAUGCUUUGUGUGAAAUUGAAACGGACAAAGCAGUGGUUACCAUGGAAUCAAGUGAUGAUGGCAUAUUGGCUAAAAUACUGGUGGAAGAAGGAAGUAAAAAUGUACGCUUGGGCUCACUAAUUGGCCUGCUGGUAGAAGAAGGACAGGACUGGAAGGCGGUUGAAAUACCAGCUGAUGCUGGUGAUCCAUCUUCUCUGGCUCCACCAGCAGCUGUGCUUACCUCAACUCCUGCAGGUCCUUCAGUUUCAGCCCCUCCUAAGCUGGCGCAUCAUGCUGGAAAACUGCAGAUUCGCUUAAGUCCUGCAGCUCGCAACAUUCUGGAGACGCAUGGACUAGAUCCAAGCAAAAUUACACCUUCUGGGCCCCGUGGAAUCUUCACUAAAGAGGAUGCUCUCAAACUUCUGCACGAGAAGCAGAAGGGCAAACCCAGUGACCUGAAACCUGUGGUUUCUCCAGCUCCUCCCCAGCCUACUGCAGUGCCUUCUGCUCCGCCAGCAACAGCUGUGACUUCUGCUUAUCCAAGGCCAGCAAUUCCACCAGUUUCCACAGCAGGACAACCUGCUCUACCGGGCACAUUCACCGAAAUCCCUGCUAGCAACAUUCGAAGAGUUAUUGCUAAGAGAUUAACAGAGUCAAAAACUACUAUACCUCAUGCAUAUGCUGCUGCUGACUGUGACAUUGAUGCUAUUUUGAAAUUAAGGAAAGAAUUGGCUAAAGAUGACAUUAAAGUAUCUGUAAAUGACUUUAUUAUCAAGGCAACUGCAGUUACUUUGAAGCAAUUGCCAGAUGUGAAUGUAACCUGGGAUGGAGAGGGCCCCAGGCAGCUGCACUCCAUUGACAUUUCUAUUGCUGUGGCAACAGACCGAGGUCUCAUUACACCAAUCAUAAAAGAUGUUGCUGCCAAGGGAAUACAGGAAAUUGCUGCCUCUGCAAAGGCUCUAGCAAAGAAAGCAAGAGAUGGGAGACUGUUACCGGAGGAAUAUCAGGGAGGAUCAUUUAGUAUCUCCAAUCUGGGCAUGUUUGGCGUCAGUGACUUCAUUGCAGUCAUAAACCCUCCGCAGGCCUGCAUCCUAGCUGUGGGCCGAGCAAGACCCGAGCUCAAGAUUGUGGAAGAUGAAGAAGGAAAUGAGAAACUUAAGCAGCAUCAACUCAUGACAGUGACUCUGUCAAGUGAUGGCCGGGUGGUAGAUGAUGAACUGGCUUCAAAGUUUCUGGAGACCUUAAAAGCCAACAUAGAGAAUCCAAUACGACUUGCUUUGUGUUAAAUUCGGUGAAGAUUGCUUCCUGUUUUGACAGCAUUUAGAAUUCUGUUACAGAAAAACAACCCCAAGUAUGUAUAGAGGGAAAUAAGUAGUGUCAGGUGGACAGUUUAAAUAUUAAUUUAUUUGAAAUAACCUGAAAAACUGUUAAUUUUCAUCUUUUUGGUCAUUUCUAGUUCUUGGAUUUUAUAUUGUGAAACUAAAAGACUUUUAAAUAUAAGGUUAACAUAUUAUAGUUCUUUAAAUGUUUAGUACUUAUGGCACAUAAUGUUUGAAUAGAAUAGUCAAUCUUCUCUGUAAGGGAAAGUAUAAGAACACUUAUGAAAUGUAAAAGGGAAUGAAAUGCUUUAUUUAAGCACAGCUUUUACAGUGAGGAAUGCAAGUAUCAUAACUGAGCAAAAUCCUACUAUGAGUUGUGGUUAAUAUUGAAAUCACUGAGUAGCUAAACUACACUGCUAGAGCAGGAAGUUUUUCAGUUUACAAAAGACUUUUCUAGCAUGUUGCACCAUCUGAAUUAGUUUGAAAUAAUACCAAGAUUUUGACAGAGAUUUCAAAGGUUUCUACGUAAGAACAAAGAAGUUAGAAACCAAAAUAAGUUCUGGUCUGGUUUUAGUUGCAUCACAGACUUGACUGUUCUAUAUGUAGGUUUUUCUGUGAGCUGCAGUGAGGAGAAUAAGAUUGCCAUGGAGAUAAAUGGGGGAAAGAAAUGGCAGGAAUUUCUGACAAAGACUAAGAUAGAUCCUAGGUAAAGAUGCCAUGUCUCAAAAUAUUGACAAGUAUCUGACAAUCCACAGCCUCAUUCAUAAAAUUAGAUCUCAUUAAAACAAGUUUAAACUGCAGGCACAUCUUUUUUCCAGUGUUUUAAGAUUACUGCUUAAUCUAAUGCCCUGUAGAAGGCAGAGAGGAGAAACUUGUCUAAAUAAAAGUUCUCCAUAGAGGAUGGACUAUCAGCCUCAUUGAUAUAAGUGUUUGAUAGAACCAAAAUUUAGUGAAAACUGAAUUUGUUGUGUAACAACUAAUAAUAGAUAGCUAAUUAAUUUAAAAAAAUAGUUGUCUCCAAACUUAGAAGUUGCCCCAAGUCAAAUCUCUCUCAAUGCCACAAAACAUUAAAUUUUUUUUUCCAGAUACUCUGAGGUAAAUUUUGUGUAACUUCAAGCUGAAGUUGAUUGUGCAGACAGUACUAGCUUUUUGAUCUCUUAAUCUCACAGAGGUUCCAGUAUGAAAGGUCAAAUUUUGCGCACUGAAUAUUUGCUGAAUAAAGCUGUUCUUUGAAUGGAUAAAAUAAAAAUGCAAGUACAAAAUGUUUCUUCGUCAGUUGCAUAUGGAAUUGUAACCCUGUUGGAGGCUUAUGUACAGCAGCCUGAAAUUCAGAUGAACAGAAAUGGCUACUUUUUUCCUAUAUAUAAAUGUGGAACCAUGCAUUGUAUGUGCUUGUAAGGAAAUAAGUACAUUUAUAGGACCUCGUGAGAAUAUAAAUUGCCAGUAGAAUUCUGGGAGCUUGUGUUACUCUAUUUUGUGUUGCUAUUAUUGUUAUUUUAGGAUUCAGAGGACUUUAUUUGUUUAUGGCUGCUGCCAUAAUUAAAAUGCUAAUUGCAAGACUAAAUCUGCAGUUAAUGCUGAGUUGAGAGUUUUCACUAAACUAGUUUUUCUUUGGCUUGUUCUGAUACAAGUUUCAUAAACUAUCAGUGUAGCAUUAAGGAGAGAAGAAACUUUUGAUUAUGGAAUUUGUUUUAUUGUGCAAUUAUUGACACACCCUUUGUGUAUUUACAGAAGUCUUUCACUGAUAAAUUGUAUUCAAAGUUGGUUGCAUAAGAUUAAUUUACAGUUUUAGAUGGUCAACCAUGAAUUUUUCCAAAGUUGUCAGGCAAUUCCAGAUUACUCUGAAAGGAAAAAAAAAAAAAAAAUAUAUAUAUAUAUAUAUAUGUUGUUCUUAAUAAUAUCAUACAACAAGUUCAUAUUUGUUUUUUAUCGCUAAACCUACUCUGCCCAUCAAAAUUCCCAGUGUAAUUUAAAAUCCAAUACACUGUUCUUUAUUUUCUGUUCUUGGUGCUCUCUAGUGUUGCUGUGUGCUCUCCAGCAUUCUGCUGUUUUGUUGGUCACAGUAAAGGGCUGCAUGAAUGUUCUUAUAUGCAAAUUUUUUAUAUAUAUACAUAAAAAAUCAAAUAUAUAGUGCAAGCCAGUAUAUUUUACAGAUUUCUUUUGGGAGCCACUGGAAGGCGCUAUUGUAUAUGACUAUAGAAUAUUUAUCAUGAUGUCUCAUUCAUGUGGGUAUUAAUACAUGCAUUCUACCUUCCUAGUCUAUGCAAAUAGAUGAAGGUAAUAAAACUUUUUCUCCAGGUUAAAUAAACAUACAAAUUUUUAAAUUCAGUUUCUUCACACCUGCCUGCUUGUGAGCUGGUUGUCACUUGACAGAAAGAUAGUUAGACAUAUCUAAUUUAUCAGUCAGCCUUUGAAGGAGCUCUCCUGAAAUUCAGAAAUGUGAUAUCAGUCAGCUCCCAAAGAAAUACCUCUUCUUAAUACAGAAUAAUUGUAGCAUUCAGCAACAUCUACUACUUUAGCAGAAAUGAGACAAAUAAUUGCUCAUACAGAUUAAAAUAAAACAAUGUAUUCCUGGAGACCUUUGGGAUUUUAAGACAGGGGCAAUAGAUAAAAUGGCUCAGAAGGCAAACCAUGAAAAAUGGUUAUAGUGGUCACAUUUGUAGCAAAUUUGCCUGAAAGUAAAAAUUUCACAGAUGAAAAAUACAACUUUUCAUAUUUUGUUCCUUAAUGUCUGCUGUCAGCAUCUUUUUGACAUACCUAAGCAAGAGGUACAUGAAAACAUCUAACUUUUUGAAGAAUUAAAAAAUUGAAAAUAAAAGUUUGAAGAGUGUG